AUGUACAGCGCAGCGUCUUCUGCCGAUGGGAAAGUGUGGGAGGGCCGGGGGAGCAGCAAACACCCCCCCCCCCGGGAACGCGGGACCCCCCCUCCGGGCCAGCCCCGGCCCCAGCCCCGCCGGGCUCCGCUCGCCCCCGGGCAGGAGCAGCCCGGCCAGACGGCGCCGCUGCGGCGCGCCUGCCUGGGUCUGGACGCCAGAGAACCGAGACGGACCCCCCGACGGCGGGGCACCGGGACGGGCUCUGACCCGGACCCCCGGCAGCCGAGGACCGCGCCGGACGCUGCGCCGAAGCCCCCCUCCCCGACGGGCGAGCACCGACCCGGCUCUGAACCGCCCCCCCGACGGCCGAGCACUGCACCGGACCCCGCGACGGCCGAGCACCGGUCCCCCGACCCGCAGCCCCGGACGGCGGAGCACCGAGCCUCCCCCGCGGCGGGGGACAUUCCCCCCCACACACUCCCCCUCCGCUGCCGCCGUUUCCCUCCAGCCCCAUCCCGGCUCCGGCUGUCCCCGGCGGGCCCUACCUUCGGCGGCGGCGGCGAGUCUCGGCGCGGCGGCUCCGGCUGCAGCGGCGGUGCCUGGCGCGGCGCCUCCCGCUCUGCCGCUGCCGGGGCCGGGGCUGCGCCGCGCCGCGCCGCGCUGCCCUUUUUCGUCAGUGGAAAACUCCGGGCUCUGACGCAGGCGGUGACAGGCGCGGGGCUGGCGCGCGCCCGGCCCGCCCGGCUUCCUGCCCCCCCGGGCGGGGCGCUGAGUCAGGGCCGACGGGACGCCCCGCCCCGCCCCGCCGCACCACCGCCCCCCCCACCCACCGCACCGCCCUCGGGCGGGCAGGCGGGGGCGCGGAGGACCUCGGGACGGGACUGGUGUGCAUUGGGCUUCAGGGAGCAUCGGGCAAGGAGAGCUGAGCACCGACUCUCCCAUCCCGAGUGCGAGUGCCGCUGUUCGGAGGCUGGAGGGCAGCACGGGGAGAGGGCUGGUGUGGGGGAAAUUCAGCCUCAGGAGUUCCUUGGCAAAGCCAUUGGUUGA